AUGGUUGCAAGUCCACCAAGGCUCAGAAUACCUUCCAGGUUCUUCUCUAAACUGUCUAGAAUGCAGCAAAAACCAUUGCCAAGAAUCCAAGUACUUGCUCAUAGUUCUCCUUCUUCUUCAAUUCCUGAUAAAGGUUCACAAAAGAGAUUUACAGCUAAGGGAAUGUCUCCACCUUUACUGCCUGAGCAAACACCAGAUUCAAAAUGUCCCUUUUGUCAAGAGUUAUUAACGUUGUCGUUACCAGGUGAGGCAAUCGUAAGAUUAUCUUGCGAUCAUUCAGCUCAUAAGAAAUGCCUAGAAUUGAUGUUUGAUGCAAAGGAUAUAACUCAGUUGCCAAAAUGUGGGAUAUGCAACCAAUUUACGAGAUGCUGCGAUGAUAAUGCCCAUAGUGAUAUGAUUGAUGACUUGAUAAGUAAAAACAAAAGAGGCGCUACAUCUUCAGAGUCAUCAAAUUCUUCAUAUCCCUGUUCAACUCCUCAAACACCAAAGGGAACGGCUUGGUUACCAACACCACCGACCACACCAAAGAAAUUUACAGUAUUGGCUCCCCAGGUUCAUCUCAUAAGUGAAUUCGAUGAAGUUAAAAUCAAAGAUGAUUCAUCAUGCAAUUUAAGGUAUAUUAUCAACGUGAAACCACCCAGAGUGUACAAGAGCCAUGAAGAAUGUUCUACUGAUAAAGAUUUGAAGUUAAAAGUCCUGCAACACAUUUUGGAAAAGUUGAACCUUGAUUUUGACGUAGGAAAUUUAGUUAUGUUUGAUAAAUUAGAAGUAAGUGCCAACGGAAAUGAAUGGGAAGAGGUCAUAGCCUAUCUUUUUGAAAGUCAUUUAUUAUUUUACGAUGGCGAUUCACUAGCUGGAGCUAUUGCAAUGGAAGAAGAUAUGCAUAAUGUGAACUUUGACAAAGUAUUGACUCUCAAUUUAACCAAAGAAACAUUACCAGAGUUGCUGAUAAAACACGAUAACCCUUUAGUUACAACUAAAUGGGAAUGGGUAUUAAAUAAGGUAAUACACAAUUCAUUGAACUUUUCAGAUAUUAACUUAUUCAAAUUCUCAAGCACUUGCUGGGUGGAUUACAAGGAUCAAUUUUCCCUUGAUCCUGAUUUGAUUGAAUUUUCGGCAACAGUUAUAGAGAACGAGACCAUUGCAACCCGUUUUCAAGAGAAAGCAGUUCCUAAACCACAAGAGUUGGAUCUCAAUUUAAUUGUUGCUGUGCCGCUUGUAAAUGAAACAAAUCUAACCGAUGAAGAAUACAAAGCUAGGGUUCAGGACGCUCUCUUUAUGAUUCUUAGAACUCUCAGGAAAGGAGAUAAAUUAGGGUUGAUAUUUGUUGGAAUUAACAACAACAGACAAGCAGCUAACAAUGGAACCUUUGUUGGUUGUAUUGAAAGUGGGUGGGAUGGUUGGAAAGAACUUAUUGAUGAAAUUCAGAUUGUUGCCAAUUCAUUCACAGAAGGAAUCGAAGAAUUCAGGAUGUGUUUUAAAAAAUGUUUGGACAUAUAUCCCCAUAUUCCGAUUACUUAUACCAAUAUCAACAAAUUGUUUAUUAUUAAUGCUAAUACUUAUUUGAUGCAAGAAGAAAUAGACAACAAUGUUGAGAAUUGUGAAAACUUAAAGAACGCAAUUGAUAAUUUAAAUGAAAAUUUAUCAAUUACUAUAAUUAGAAUCGAUUCAGGCUACAAUUCAGCUGUGAAUACUAUUCAUAAUUUGAUUUCUCAGGGGUUUAGUGUUGGUCCCCACUUGGUACGAUACAGUUCAUUCGAAGAAUUUAUUCAAUUAGGUGAAGAUUCAAUUAGAAAUUUGAUUCAACAGAUUUGUAUUCCUAAAUUGUCAAUAAAUCUUAAGUUAAUGAAUCUUGAUGUUACAUUUGAUCAAGUUGAGAUAAAUAGUGUGCUCAUCAAUGUCACUGAAUGGCGCCCAGAAUUGCAUAUUAUAGUCAAGGAUUUGAUUCCUGAUAGCGAAAGAAACAUUAUGUUUAAAGUUCAUCUUGAUUUACCUAAAGAUAAAAUAGAACAACAACAUCAAGUUAUUCCAGUGUUUGAAUAUAAUUACCGCUGGCUUGAAGAAGAAAGUGAAAAGAAAGUCAUGAAUAUCAAAGUGACUCAACCAGUUAGCCAAGAAUUAACUCCACCACCGCUAGAUUCUCUUUUUGAGGUUGAUUCUGAAGAAAAUAGUACAAAAAUAUUUUUGGAUAUCCCAUUAUUACCACCUCUCUCGCCAAGCCGAGAUCAUAAGUUUGCUAAAAGAGAAACUGAAAUGCAAAUCAUCAAAUCUCUAAGGUUAGCAAGUGAAACUAGUGCCGAGCAAGCUAAAGAAUUGUUGAACAAAUUAAUAUCAUUAGUUUAUGGAUUUACAAGGGGAGUUCAGUGCCAAGAAGAACAUGACGUAUUUCAGCAUAGUUCAAUCAAAGGCAGUUCCACGAACAUUGCUCUCAAUCCUGAGAUUAGUUUACCAACCAAAAUUGAAGCUAUGAAGAAGCAAGCUUUUCAAAAUGAUCAAGCAUACUUUGAGUUCUUGAUAAACAAGAUCAAAGAAGUUAUAGAAAGCUUCAAUGGAUCACUAGAUCUUGCGCAUACGAGAUGUCUUGAUCUAGCAAUUAAUCUCAUGUGA